AAACAAAUCAAUGAAACAAGUGCAAUAUUUUGAGAAGGAUUUCCUUCGUUUCUUCAUAAAAAUUUGAAAAACCAAUUUGUCUUUAACAAAAAUGGCAACUGGACCUUUCCGUAAUGUUUAUGAUAUUGAUUGUGAGAUAACUGUCCAACCAAAUGAUUCGAUGCGAUUUCGAUAUGUGAGUGAAGGAACUGCUGGUCGAAUCUAUGGAAAAAAUCAUACAAAUGAAAUUCCAAUUUAUCCAACAAUUAAAAUUUAUAAUUAUACUGGGAUGGUCUAUAUUCGAUUGUCAUGUGUAACCAAAGGCCCGCCAGACGAACACAGGCCACAUCCACAUAAUUUAAAAAAGCUGCCAGUAAGAAAUAAUGCCUAUGCAGACCGUGCUGUCUGUAAUGAGGGGAUUUAUGAACUUGCCAUAGAAAACAGUUCAGAUGGGAUAACGUUUCCAAAUUUAGGCUUACACUGUGUCAAAAAAGGCGAUAUUAAAGGAGUUUUAGAGACUCGAGCACAAUAUGGAGUUGAUCCAUUUGGUACUGGAUUUGGUCAUCAAAUUACUUCUGCUGAUUUACAUUGUCUUAGGUUAUGUUUUGAAGUAUUUAUUGGUAAACGUGAAAAUCCUUUUCCACAUUUUAGACUUGUUUCAAAUCCAAUUACGGACACCAAAGAUUUAAUAAUAUAUAAAUUAAGCCAUGUAAGCGGAGCCGUAGAGGGUAACGAAGAGAUUUUAAUGUUUUGUGAAAAAAUAGUCAAAUCAGAUACUAUUAAAAUUCGAUUCAUAGAAGAACAAGAUAAUCAAAUAGUUUGGGAAAGUUGUGGAACAUUUGGACCGUCUGAUGUGCACAAACAAUAUGGUAUUGCUUUUAAAACCCCAAAAUAUAGGAAAACAGAUAUUACACUCCCAGUGAAAGUGAAAAUUCGAUUAGAAAGAACCGAUGGAGAUGUUGUUACUGCUAGUGCUCCACGAGAUUUUUACUAUAAGCCAAAUGAAACCGUCUCAGCUAUGCAACAAAAACGGCGUCGCCCAGAAGAAAGAACCAUUCAACAGUAUAACGAUUUAGGAUCGCCUCAGUCGCUGCUUCAACCCUCUAAACCCUAUAUUAAUGACCUUAAUUUAUUACAAUUUUAUCAAAAUUUUGGUCCAAAUAAUAUAAAUAUACCUGGCCCACCAUCUGGUACAUCGCAACAAUUUUUUCAAGGCCCAAAAAAUAUAAACACCCCUGGUCUAUCAUCCGAUACAUCAAUGCUGAUGGAUUCAUCUAACAAUUCAAGCAGGCGUUAUAAUAUUACAGUACCGUCGCCAAAUAAACUAGAUCCUGAAGAACAGCUGAAGAUUUUUGAAAACAUAUUAAGACAGAAACACAUGGAAGAUAUGCAAAAACAGCAACCAAUUUUAACUAGCGAAGAAACUGACCAAAUAGAUUCUGGUGAAAUAAUGGAGUGGUUAGGUGAGAAUGGUCCAAGCUCGAUUGGUGGAGGUCCAUUUAACAGAUUCUGAAUGAAAAUAAACUUAAAAUACAUUUGCUAUAUCAACAUAACAUAUAAAGCUUCUCCUAAAUUAUUUUAAUGGACUUUUGAACAUUUUAUUUUUGAAAAUGUAAGAAAAUUUUGAGAAUCUUAAAAGCACACGUAGUUUUAGCUUUAAUUAGAAAAUUCGUUCACUGUUAUGACCCAGCUAAAUCUAUAUUGAUUUUCAACUUGUGCGGCGGAAAGUUUCUUGGAGAUUUUGAUUUAUCGUGAAUAGCGGCUAUCCGGAACAGAGCACACUUGAAACAUGAAUUUCUUUCUAAUACUUAGUACAUGUUCCUUCACUCAUUUGGAAAUGUACAAAAAUAGCAAGCGAGAAAAUGAUUGAUUCAUCUUGCACUACAAAAGCUAGUCAAAGAAUGUAUAUGAAUGAAUAUGGCUUCCGUCAAUUUGAAGUUCCUCUAACUUAGAUAAGGCUCGAUCAAAUUGUUGAAACUGACCUACCUUAAACUGAUUUUUAAAGAAAUACUAUACGUUACGAGUUAUGUUUGUAAAGUUUAGAUUAUCAAUUAGAGGUUUAGAACUAAACAAUAUUGAAUAGGAGUGAGAUCCAUUCCCCGUUUAGGACUCAUACAUUCCAAUUAAAAAAUACCUUUGAGAAUAUAUUUUUUAAAAAUACCUACUUGAAUUUCAAACUUUAUGCGUUUUGAUGCUGUAGCCUAAGUUUUUUAUUCUCGAAUGUAAAUUUUUGUAUAUAUCGUACUAAUUUAUUA